CAAAAAGAGAAUGUGUGCAGAGACAUUGAAGAAAUCCUAGAUCGUAGACAUAAAGAAGUCUCUGAGUUCAUGAAAAAGACCUGUGAGGCUUUCCAAAAAUGCCUCAAGGAGGGGGUUGAAAAAUCCACACGGUCAUGGGAAGAUGACUUGAAGAAAUUCUUAAAUCCUUUAUGUAUUGAAAUAUUUUAUUUGACUUAGAGCACUGCCUUCAUGUUCAAAUGUAAGUGCCUUAAGAUUUUUUUACUAAUUAAAUUUUCUUCUUACAGAGUGAUGUAUCAGGAAGUGCUUUCCACAGGACAUUGAAGUGCAUUGUUGAAAAGAAUGGCACCCACAAAAAUAAAAAGAAGCACUACAACCUCAACGAGACACUGUCCUCAUGGCUGACUGAGAGCAUUGAUGAGGAGUUCAGGAAGACUUUCCCGUAAGAAAUGAUUAAAUGAGGAUAUAAUGCCUUUUAAGAAAUGUUGGGGAUAAUUGUCUUAAAGGUACAGUGUGGAAAAAGUAUUUAGCAGCAUCUAGAAGUCAGAUUCUAGGUUAAAGGCUCCCCUGCACACCUUUUUUGACAGAAAAAAAGCUCCUGCUAUGCAUGCUCAGUAUCAUCCACCAUUUGUCAAGUUUUUACCAACGCAUUUUUAUCAAUGAAAAGUCCUUUAAGUCCACAACAACUAAUCUUCUUUUCAUCUUUCAUCUGGUACAUUUUCUGCUAAAUAAGAAAAACAAGCAUGGGAUAUAGUUUAUCCAUUCUAUGCUACUGUAGCAACAUGACAGCGCACAAUGGCAGUCUCUGUAUCGAAGGACUUGCUGCUUAUGGAAAUAAAAAAAUUGUCUUUUCCCAAAAUCAGAACAAUGUUUAAGUUCAGAUAUUCAUACAUGAAAGAUGAAAGAAUUACAUUCCAUUUCUGCCAAGCCUGAUCUGCAAAGUGCUGCUGUGUUCUUUACACUUCACCUUUGAAACCUGUCUAUUCUUGCUUAACAAAGCAGUUUCUUCUAAACACAAUUCAGAAAUGACUCAAAACGUGGACCAUUCAACGAGGCCAUCAGUUCCUUUUCCCUCGGCACAGAGACGCUGAAGGAAAAGUACGAAGAUGUGCAACUGCAACUGGAAUUUCUCGGGACAGAGGUAAAAGCUGAAAAUAUAACCUACUUUUCAAAAUUUCUUCAACUGUUUUUCAGGGUGUGGAGACUCAAAAACAUCUGAACCCUUUAAUAAUGGUUCAGAUGUGCUGUUGAUAUGCCUAUUGAACAGAAAGAAAUGUACCGCUUGACAGUCUGUUAACUGAGGGGAAAAGACAUGAUGAUUUGUAUGGUUAGCACAGAGUUUGACAUUUUGAUAGCACGACAAACACACAGACACAACCACUUUAUACUGCUGUACUCCUCUCAUUUGUUGGCAUGUGAAUAUAGCACCUGAUUUCAUUUAAUCAUCAGUUUUAUUUGAUGAUUGAUAAUUCUGAUUUUCAUUACAUACAUUCACUGAAAACACCACCUCUCCACAAAAAACUCUCUGCAUCACAAUGCUCCUGCCCAGUUUUCCAGUAUGUUAUCUAUAGAAACGACCACAUCGACUUGGUUUACUUUUUGAGACUCCAGUGGAUGCAAGAGCCACUUAGUGCACCAUGGGUAAUGUAGUUAAGGCACUAAAUUGAAUUACUUUGAGAAACUGUUCUAUAGUUUCGACUGAAAAGACACUAUAUUUUGUGCACACUCCUUUGAAAUGCAUGAGCUCCCUCACUUUUGUCACAAAUUUAAAGUGACAAUUUUCACAAGACAGACAGAAAAUAUAAAAUCAGUCAUAUCAGUUCUACACAAUGUGAAAAAUUGGCUGCACAAUCCAAUCAACCAUUGACUUGAUUUGCAGACAUGACAACAUUCAAACCCAAAACAUUAGUAGAGUCCUCAUCAUCGUCAUCAUAGUCAACAUAAUCUAUAAAUAAAGAGGAUUUGAGUGCACACGCUGCUUGGUCAGAGUGAAUGUUUGUGUUCCAGUCUUCCUUCUGUUUUUAACCUGGUGAUCAAAUCUGAAUGUAUCUUGAGGUAAUUAUAGCUGUUGUAAAGACUGCAAGCUUAAGAUCCUGUGUUGUGAUUUUUUGAAGGAAGAAAAACUGAAGAUUAAACUUGGAGAAGAGAUAAAGCAGAAAAAGAAAAAAAUCUACUGCAGCCUGACCACCAAAAUCGAAGAAAUCAUGCAGGAAGGCUACAACAGUAAGAUCAAAGAUCUUUACUUGUAAUAUUUGACACUAUAACAAAACAAGUAACAUCACCAUUGUGAUGACCAACAUUUUCUAACAAUUUCCUCAUUAUUUCAGAGGCAAAAAAUUGUCGAGGAGAUGGCAUGCUAAAAAAAAUGAGGGCAAUCAUCACGGAGCAUGUGCGUGAUAACGAGAACAUGUUCCAGAGGGCUGGAGAUGCCAUGAUGGAGAAACUGUGGGAUUUAGAGGUUUGUUAGUUCUAAUAACCUAAUUGUCUUUAGGAGAUAGUUUAAUAUAUCGUAUAGUUUAAUAUAACAUAUAACAUGAUGGCUCAUCAAGUGUUUUUAGCUUUCUGGACUGCUCAGUAUACAUUCAAACUGUUAAUUCAUGUACAAUCAAGUAAAUCCCAGUUUGACAUGUUAAACAUGUUUAUUGCUUUUAUAGAGGGAGGUCCUGCAGACAAUAACGAAAACAAUGCAGGAAUCAAUUCAGCUGUCGCUCAAGACAGAUCAUCAAUCACUUCCAGGUAAAGGGUUGGUUUGUUCUUUCCAAAUUAAAAAUAAUUUAGCAAAAGUAAAUCGCAGGAUAAUCUUCACUCAUUUUUUUAAAAUUAGUUGUGGACCUCAUACUUGCUUUAAUUUUUCUUUGGCUGUACCACACACUUAGGUGGAAAAAAUUGGAAGAAAAAUGACACAUUUCUUUUUUUGAUGUGGUUUUCAGAUGUCCAAACAAAGUUGGACAAGAUGAAAAAAUGCGUGGAAGAGCUGAAGAAAAGGAGAGAUGAAAAAACAACAUCAGUUUGGUAAAACUUUUCUUUAAACGUUUAGAUAAUUUCCUAUCUUUUAAUCAUAAAAAAGACUUACUUUGCCUCUAUUCACUCCAGUGCUGAGCAACCCGGACCGUCAACUGCACAGGUAUGUCUUUUUUUAUUAUUUUGAGCAACUAUAAGCAUUCAAGCAGUCACUGUUUCAUACCGUCACAGCCCUCCUGUUAAUCUCUGCUGGAUAUUUCAGAAUUGACGAAAAACAGCAGAGGUCUGAGUAGCCACUGAGGGUCCCAGAGGGAAAGCUGAUUGGAGGAGAGACCACUGGAUGGGGUCUUAAUAUGUUUCUCAAGAUCUUAUUUCUACUCUUUUUCAGUCUUGUUUUGACAUGCUAUUGAUGUGUAUAUAACACAAAGUGAUGAUUUAUUGUUGUGAUGAUGUUUUCCUUUUUUUGUGGUUGUUCAUCAGAGACAGAGAAAAGUUACAAUUUGGUGUGAUCUGCCAUGUUCUGCAGACAAAGUCUAACCACUUAUAUGGUUUACAUUAUAAGGAUUUCUGCCAUUUUUUAAUUCAGUUUUUUAUAUGUCUUGUUUUUCUUUCAUGUACUAUGUGGGUGUUUUCAUGUUAUGGGUUUAACACUUGGUGAUUUAUAUGUUCACUGCAUUUACACUGACUAUAAUGAACCCUGAAACUUGAUCAGGGUUGGCCUUGACUUGGACUUAAGGCUUUUAAUGAGGGAUCUUGAUUUAUUUUUCUAUCAUGUUUAAGGACAAAAGUGUUGGUAACACCAAAAUAUAUGUUUGGUGGUAAAAUAAAAAAUAGAAGAUAUCAUGAUCAUAUUAAAUUUCAUGUCUAGUCAUACAUUUGCAGCUGCAUAGAAUGAUGUAUAUUAUGAUAGAUACCACAUUUAGACCUUUUGCUUCUUUCUUAUUGUGCAUGUAUAGAACCAAAAUAACAAGAGCAAACAUGCUGCAACUGCUCAAAAGAAUUU